UUCAUUAUGGCACAGGAACCAGGUUUAGCUGUAUGGAAUGCGAAUACGAUAGUGAAAGAUGCUGCAUGUAUGAUUAGGAGCACGUGAGGGAAACAGCUAGCAUGAAAACAACAAUAAUGAACAAACGUCAAGGUACAAUAACUGAGGUGGAAAAAUGAUACAUUAUGCUACAACAGCACCCUCUUGUGUGCCAGCAUACUAGACAUAAGGAUGUACCUGGAAAACAAGAACAACUUGGACAUAGAGAUGUCCCAGAGCGUGGCUCAGGGCAACCAGGAUUGUGCCAGCCGCAGGAAGUCCGAAGCGGUGGCAGGCAACUUUGACGAGUUGCGCCUGCUGGACGGCUUCUCAGACAUGAGGGAGACCCAGAAGCCCCUGCAGGCUGCGGCCAUCGUGCCAUCGCACUGUGUCGUCUGUGUUGAGAACUGUGGCGCUGUUCAUGAGGAGGACAGUCACGACUUUGGCGCAAUUAAACUGCACAAAGGGAGGCAGAGUGGUCACACAGAGAAAUCGCCCCUGCUGCACUUCGCUGAAGGCAAUGGUAAUGGCAUCACAUACAUGGCCUUGUAUGAGGAGUCGUGGGACAGCAGCUCCACAGAGCUCGAGAAGAGGUGUCGCCUGGGAAGCGAAGUGACCAGCCUGUCCCACUCUACCUCCACAGAGAAGUCGGAUCCACUGGAUAACCUCCACCUCAGCUUCAUGCUGUCCAACCGCCUGCGGUACUGCUUAAGGAUUUUCAAAACUGCCAGCAUAUUUACCAUCGUUGUUCUCUGUUCACUCUUCUUCAGCAUGUAUCCUGACCGCGAGAAGCCCUGGCAAAUGCUGGCUGUCUCAUCCACCAAAAGCUUCUCCACGAAUGUGACGGAUUUUCGGGACAGCGCGCUGCUCAGGCUGCAGGUGGGUGGGCCGUUCGUGCGCGAGUCUGCAGACGGCGCUACGGGGGAGUACGUCCUUGUCCAGGUGGAGCAGACGGAGGAGUUCACGUCUCGACGGCGACGCCCCCAGCAGGUGGCCUACAACUGGACCAUACCGGUACAUUCAGAGAAAAACAACCAGAUCGUGACGACCAGAUCAUUUGAGAUGCUCAGCAGAGGCCCAGUGACCAUUACCAUCCAGGCCGUCCUUCAGGACAAUGAGGUCGUGCCCCUGUCUAUCACCCACCAGUCUCUCUACAUCAACGUGGAGGCCCAGGUGGUAGUCGCCGGCGUCAUCCUCGCUGGUGUCUACGUCCUCAUAAUCUUUGAGAUCGUGCACCGGACCCUGGCGGCGAUGCUGGGCUCGCUGGCUGCUCUGGCAGCUCUUGCCAUCAUCGGUGAUAGGCCCAGUCUCAUCACUGUGGUGGAAUGGAUUGACUAUGAAACACUGGCACUGCUCUUUGGUAUGAUGAUUUUAGUGGCCAUAUUUUCUGAAACGGGAUUCUUCGAUUACUGUGCCGUAAAGGCGUACCAGCUGUCCAGGGGGAGAGUGUGGCCAAUGAUCACCAUCCUCUGCCUGAUCGCUGCCAUUUUAUCGGCGUUCCUCGACAAUGUCACCACCAUGAUGCUCUUCACUCCUGUCACCAUAAGGUUGUGUGAGGUACUUAAUCUGGACCCCAGACAUGUCCUAAUAGCAGAAGUAAUCUUCACCAACAUUGGAGGAGCAGCCACAGCUGUCGGGGACCCACCAAAUGUCAUAAUAGUCUCAAACCAGGACCUGCGCAAGAAGGGCAUUGACUUUGCUGCCUUCACUGGGUUCAUGCUCCUGGGGAUCUGCCUUGUUCUUCUCACUUCAUUUCCUUUCCUGCGAUUGCUUUACUGGAACAAGAAGCUCUACAACAAGGAACCCAUAGAGAUUGUUGAGCUCAAGCACGAAAUCUUGGUGUGGAGGCAGACGGCGCAGCGCAUCAACCCAGCUAGCCGCGAGGAGACCGCUGUCAAGUGCCUUCUGAUGCAGAAGGUGUUGAACCUGGAGAGCCUCCUACGCAAGAAGCUAAAAACCUUCCAGAGGCAAAUUUCCCAAGAGGACAAGAACUGGGAGACCAACAUUCAGCAGCUGCAGAAGAAGCACAGAAUAACAGACAAGACCCUGUUGGUGAAAUGUAUAACUGUCCUGGGGGUGGUCAUUUUCAUCUUCUUCCUCAACUCCUUUGUGCCCAGCAUACAUCUCGAUCUGGGCUGGAUUGCCAUCCUUGGGGCCCUGUGGCUGCUGGUCCUGGCAGACAUUCAAGACUUUGAGAUCAUCCUCCACAGGGUGGAGUGGGCCACCCUGCUAUUCUUUGCAGCGCUCUUUGUCCUGAUGGAGGCCUUAGCUCAGCUACAGCUGUUAGACUACAUUGGGGCACAGACAGCGGCAUUAAUAAAGGCAGUGCCAGAAGACCAGCGCUUGACCAUCGCCAUCAUCCUGGUCAUGUGGGUUUCUGCUCUGGCCUCCUCCCUUAUUGACAACAUCCCCUUCACUGCUACCAUGAUUCCUGUUCUCAUAAAUUUGAGCCGGGAUGAUGACGUGAACUUGCCCGUGAGGCCUCUCAUCUUCGCUCUGGCUAUGGGAGCCUGCCUCGGAGGAAACGGGACGCUCAUCGGUGCAUCCGCCAACGUGGUCUGUGCCGGAAUUGCGGAACAGCACGGCUACGGCUUCUCCUUCAUGGAGUUCUUCAGGUUGGGAUUUCCCAUGAUGCUCAUGACCUGCACGAUAGGCAUGUGCUACCUCCUCGCCACACACAUUGGACUGGGCUGGAACACUUAAAAUCAGCACUUCAGCAUCAGACCAAAGAAAUGUUUUUUUUUUUUCCUUCUUUUGACACUGCUUGAAAACCCAGACAAAACAGGGGAAACAGGUCCCUCACCGAAAUGAAGGCAAGAUAUACUGGGGGAAAGAUACAAAGUCUAGUCUAUAAGCUCUGUUGCAAUCCAGGUUCACAUGCAGUUCCUAAGAUAAUAGCCAUAUGUUUCUGAGCAAAAAUGAGACUUAAUUACCAAGGGAAUAAUACAUUGUCAAGUACAGUAUACAUAGUUUAACCAGUGUAAAAUACUCUAACUAGAAAAAAACACAGUAUACCCAAUUUAUACAGCAUACUGCAUACGCAGUAGUACACUCACUGCACAGUUCUGUCAGCAGCAAUAAAUCUGUAGGAUUUAGUCCUUGUGGAACUGGACAAGUUUACAUCUGUCACAUUUGCAUUCACAUUACCUUUCAACAGCCAUAAGGCACAUCCUUUUCUCAGUGUCCCUGCUAUAAAAUUGUAAAUGGUUAUUGUGUGACCAUUUCUUGAAACCGAGGUUUUAAAAAUAAAUGUAUUAUUUCAAAGUCACUCCUAAACUCAUUCAAAGGGAUUUUCGCCAGUGCCGUAACCAUGUCUGAAAUUACUAUUGAUUGACGUAACAUGUUCUGCCCAGUAUCUGUCUGAUGCUUCAAUAAGAGUAUAUAGUAGUUAUUGUAUCCAGUAUACUACCAUAGCUAAUACAGAACACUUUUGAUUAUUUGACUCGUAAGAAAUUUCUGUUUAUAGAAAAUAGGACAUUCUCUACGCUCAUAUUUAACAAUUUAAAACAACAGUCAAUCAUUAAUGGUAGAUUGGUGUAACUAUCCAGGUGUCCGUAUUGAUCUGAACACUUAAUUGACACUCCAGCUCCCCUUACUUUCUCUGUUAAUUUGGUAAAACUUUGUCCAGAUAACAUUGUGACUGUAUCACUUAAAAACC